AUGGCCUUGGCUGAUUUUCAUUACACCACAGGGAUCAGCAGUGGAUUCAAAGUCUAUAUCUUGGAAGGCCACUCUUCCUUUGAGAACGAGCAGAGGUUCCACCGUCUGCCAGCCCAUCGGCUGCCCGCCUGUUCCAUCAAGCGCAAGCCCAGCCUCGAUGUGAGAAGACUUCCCGAGGGCCAGAAGGCUUCCAAAGUCAGGCGGUUGGCAUGCCUGCCUGUUGCAGCCUCUCUGGAGCAGGUGGCGCCUCCUGCUGCCGCCCAGCUCCCGGUUGCCCCCAUCGCCGUGUCCUGCGUCGUCCCGUCCAGCGCCGCCGCCUGCAGGGAUUCUCGGGGGCUUCCCCCCUCGUGUCCACAGAAACGCCCCCUAAGGAAGCCCCCCUCGGAGCCCGCCCUCACAGUCGCCCAGCUGCAGCAGAUGCGGCCGCCGGUCAUCACCUGCGCCCCGCGUCGGAGCUGCCCGGAGGCGCUGCCAAGCGCCCCCCCUCCACCCUCCCCAGCAAAGCAGAAGGACGAUGUGACUUCCAAUUCUCCCCACUUUCAAAGGCUUUGUCCAUGGACCACCAACAUCUCAGCAUCAUUCAGUGGAGCAGCAUCUCCCAGGCAGACAGUCAAAGAGGCAGACAGGAAUCUCUAACCUAGCUUUUGAUAACCUGUUCCUUGUCCUUGACCUGGGGAGUCCCCCUAUAUCCCUGUAGCAGCCUUUCCUUCCUACGACUGGGCCCAAACAUCCUGAUUGCCACGCCUACCCUUUCCCCUUUUUCUAUCUUGGUAGCCUGCUCUCUUCCCACACCCCAAACCUGGCUUAGUGAUCUCCUUUCAAAUACCUGGGUUGUAACCGCAUUCCUAUCUUUAAAUCCAUGUUAUGUGAAAGCUCCACUCAAAAUAGAGAAUUGUCUUGCUAAUUAGACAUGGAUGGAGAGCCAUCAAGUCCAGCAUUUUGGGUUCCAGUAAAGGCCAGCCAAAUGCCUCUUCGAAGCUCACAAUAGGCAGGACAUGACAUUGUUUGUCCUUGCCAUCUAAUACUUUAUAUAGUAAAGUCCAUUUAGUUACUGUCUAUACCAGUGUGUCUCAAUCUUGGCAACUCUAAGUUGUGUGAACUUCAACUCCCAGAAUUCCCCAGCCAGCAUUCAAAUUGCCAAGGUUGAGAAACACUUGUCUAUACUAAUAAUCAUCUCAGAAUCCUUUGGGAGUGAAAAUAACAUCCUCCAAGCAGAAGAAGGGGAUUUCAGGAGACAUAGAAGAACCUCAACGUCUGCAGAAAUACAAAGCACCUUUACGAAGGGAAAAAGGAAGAGAAAGACAAGCCCAGUCCAAUGAUAACUGAACGCAUACCAUGACCCAGGAACAUAGACUGAUUGCUGGGCCAGGGGUUAUGGAAAACGGGAGGAAAUGGAAUGGCUCUCCUAGAAAAGGGAAUGGCAUGGCUAUCUGGAACCUAGCACAUUUUCUUGCAGAUCCUACUUGUUAUAGCAAUCUUCUGUCACUGGAUCAGUUUUAUAAGAGUGUAUGUUGGUGUAUGCGUGAAAGAUAUGUGUGGGCUGAUAGUAAUGAGGUAAAAAAAAGUAUAGCAGGCUCAAAUUGUUCUCACUAGUUGCACUUGCAACUGAAACCUUGUACAUGCACACCGAUUAGAAAAUCUUUAAUUUUAACCAUUUUUUAGAACAAAAUACAUGAUGGCUUCCAAAAAAAAUACAGGGAAGAGGAAACUCGGGUUGACCUAGCAAUGCCUGGAGACCCUGAAACCGCAAAUAACCUCUGACACCGGAAGAGUCAGAUGAAGAACUCCCUCAGCCUAGAAACUGGAGAGUAGCUUCUCUGCAUAUACAUACCUACACACAUCUAUCCUAUUUGUAAUUCAUGAAUGUCAAUAAAGUUGCAUUUAACUGUGUCUAUGUGCCAUGCGAUGGGAGGAUGCAGUGAGGACAGAACACAUUUUCUUAAUGCUUCCUAUCAAAUCCACAAAAAAUCAUUUUAAAAAAUCUAGCAUGGGAGAAAACAAAGUUCUUAAGUUAUUCCCUGUGGAGCUCUUUUUUUUUUUUAAUUUGAGUUCUUUAUCUGGCCAAGUUUUCUUUUUUUUAAGCAUCUCCAUCCAGUCUAAAGCAAUUAGCUCCAUUCUGUCACUUCAGAUCCCUGCCACCCUGAAUAUUCAGUGCCAGAACUGAAUUCAGAGCCUUACACUAAGACAAAAACAAAAAACCAACACUCUUGUUUUCCUAAAUGUCUUCUACCUGCUGCAAAUCAGGCUUCAGGAUUGCAGGAUGCAUCAAUAAUAUGUGGAGAAAGAGGGAUAGUGUUGGUAAACACACAAUGCAUGCAUACUUCCCAAAUAGAUGAUCAUCAGAUUCCUCCAGGAGGAAUAAACUCCAGGGUAGUUAAGAGUGGAUAAGCAUGCCAUAAGAGCAGAACGUGCCUUUAAGCCAAGAACAACAUUUCUAAAAUAGCAGCAGAUAUUAUUUUUUUUACAAAUGUUUAUAGCUUUAAAGCAAACUGACUAAGCUAUUUUCCAGCAAAUCUAUACAUUCAUUGCUUUUUACAUCUUUUUUUAUUUUAUCUACGAGCAUCCUAAAACAUUCUAAUGCGAAGUUUGUUCCUCUGCUAAAGUAAAACUUUAACUCUUGUGGAAUUCUCAAAUGAGGAAUUCAUUGGCUUAACACAUACUGUACUAUAC